GGGAGUGGGGCAGCCGAGUGACAGUUCAACCCGAACCCAAACCAUCCGUGACUGUGGCUCAGCAGGCUGAACUUUGACUUUGUCUCUGUGUUUUUUUUCUCGGUGUUCCCGGAGAGGAUAUCGGGACUUCUGAAGUUUGGAGCCGCUUUUCUUCAGAAGCUUUGCGCCACUUUAUUCCUGCACACAGGCGCUCUGUGAAGCGCGCCUUUCAUCUCUCUUUAAAAAGGAAAAAACCCGCUGAAAACACGGAGGAUUGUUCGAGCUGGAAGUGGAAGCCUUAGAGGAACACAGCGUAGCCCGCAGGCUUCCUGUGCUCACGUAUGCUGGAUGCACUGAAGGAUCCUGUAGAUGCCGAGGAGCUGCUACGUGUCUGCAGAGCUGACCCUACAGACGUGUCCUGUCAGUAAUGACAUCCACCCUGGUCUCUGCCACACGGUCUCUGCACUGCUCUCUCUGAGAGAUGGGUUUGGGGCAGCCAUCCCAGGCUGGUUCCUGCUCCUACACUGAUCAUUGGAAGCAUCAGAGUGGCGUCUGGUGAAGGACAAGCGGAGAUGCCAGGAUGCCGAUCACUCAGGACAACGCCAUAAGCAUUCUGUCACUGCUGGAGGAUUGGCGUGGGGCUCACAGCACGAGGUCACAGCAGGAUGAUCGGCUGGAUCCUGACUCCUACCUGAACGGGGAUGGGGAGAGUGUGUGCAGCACUGUUAGUGGUGGAGGACAUGUGGAGGACACGUCCCUCUGUCUGGCUGCUAUUCAGAAGCUGGUGGAGUACAUUCAUUUCAACUUCAUGGAGGGGGACACAGCUCCAUCAGUCAGCCGGGCCUCACACAGUGAGGCGUUAGAUGUUGAGCUUCAUACGGUUUCCCUCAGUAAGGAUGAGGGCGAUGCUGCGGACUUCGGCCUUAGCUUUGGAAACAUCCCUAUUUUUGGAGACCCAAAGGGAAGAAAGAAGGGAGGCCCGAGGAGCAGGAGGGAUCAGAGCCCCAUCAUGGAUGUGGGCUGCAUCUGGGUGACGGAGGUGAGGAAGAGGAGCCCAGCAGCUCGUUGUGGUGGGAUCAAACUGAGAGAUGAACUGCUGUCGCUGAAUGGGCAGCUAAUGGUGGGAGUAGAUGUCAGUGGAGCCAGUUACCUGACUGACCAGUGCUGGAAUGGAGGCUGUAUUUACCUGAUACUGCUGCGGCGAGUCAAGCGAAAGGCUCCUCUUCCUCCCUGUGAUGCAGCUGAAAGUGUUUGUAUCCCACUCACCAGUGACAACUGUGAAGACCAGCGUCACAGCACAUCUGAGUCCUCCGACAGCUCUGCAAAUUACAGACGCACACGUAAAUGUGGAGUGAUAUCACGCUCGUCCUUCAACCUUGAGGACAGGCAGCGUACGAGCUCAGUCCGGAGGUCUUAUCAUGACUACAGUUCUCAUCCUGAGAAUAUAGAAACUCGUCCUCCAGAUAACUCAGCUCACGUCCUCCCCACACCGUCUAAGGAAAGCCCGGACCACUGUUCUCAGGUCAGAGCUGCUCCCCAGCGUCCACACGGUGGCGAGGCUGCCCCCCAGCCGCUGAGGUGUUACAGUCAGCUGCUAGAGUUCAAAAUGGAUUCUUCCUGCGGUGAAUAUUUAUGCCAGCCCAGAGAUACCAACCACAUCUGGAAAAUGCACAUGGUGAAGGGUCAGGAGGGCCUUGGCAUAAAGAUCACAGGGGGGCGUGGCUCCAAGCGUUCCCCUCAUGGCAUCAUCAUUACACAUAUAGAGGAGGGAGGCGCCAUUUACAGGGAUGGGCGUCUUCAUGCUGGUGAUGAGUUACUGAUGAUUAAUAAUCAGUCUUUGGUGGGUCUUACUCAUCAGGAGGCUGUUGCUAUCCUCCGCUCUGCUGCAGGUCUGGUCCAGCUGGUGGUCGCCAGUCGGGAGGAUUCAGAUGUAGGCUUUGAUCCUUUUCCAUCCACCAGUCUGCCAGACCUUGUCAGCACCUGCAGCUCCACUUCCUCCCUGUCCCAGGCUGCUCACACCAAGACUUCCAACAGUAGCACCAGUCUGCACAAGUCCUACAUGGUUGAUAGCCUGGAGAAAUUAGAAGAGCAAAGUCAGGAGGAAACAGCCCAAAGAUCCUGCUGCAGCCCCACAGCCACGAAGCUGUGCAGCCGCCCCCAGGGAGGGAGCACUCGCCUGGAAUCAGUGGGUGAGGAUGAUGAACUGUUUGUGGCUAAUGGGACGAGCUCCUUUGAAAUGGUGGAGAAGCCUGGCCGACGUAAACACUCCCUACCUCAGCAGCUGGACCCGUCUGGAGUGAGACAGGAAUAUCAGAUCAUUAAGAAAUCAGCUCGCUCCCUGAGCACUGUUCAAGUGGAAUCUCCAUGGCGACUCUCACAGCCGUCCAUUAUCUCCAGUAUCGUAUUAAUGAAAGGUCAGGGCAAGGGCCUUGGGUUCAGUAUUGUUGGUGGGCAGGACUCAGCACGUGGUCAGAUGGGCAUCUUUGUCAGGACAAUAUUCCCCCACGGUGCUGCGGCAGCUGAUGGACGGCUGAAGGAGGGAGACGAGAUUCUGGAGGUGAACGGAGAGUCUCUGCAAGGACUCACACACCAACAGGCCAUCCAAAUCUUCAAGCAACUUAAGAAAGGUGUUGUAACGCUGACCAUUAGAACACGGCUGCGCAGCCCCAGCCUGACUCCAUGCCCCACCCCCACCCUCCUCAGCCGUUCCACUUCACCCAACUCUCAUACCAGUGGAAGUACACCAGUCCCAUCAGGCUGCAACGAAGCUGAUGAACGCAGAGGCCCUGGUCCAGGUCCGAAGGACUGCAUUGUCAUGGAAGUUACACUUAAUAAAGAGCAUGGUGUGGGCCUUGGAAUUGGAGUGUGCUGUCUGACCCUGGAGAACGCUGCUCCUGGUAUCUACAUCCAUAGCCUGGCUCUGGGCUCUGUGGCCAAGAUGGAUGGCAGGCUCAGUCGUGGAGAUCAGAUACUCGAGGUGGACUCGGUCAGCCUUCGUCACGCUGCUCUCAGUGAGGCCUAUGCCAUCCUCAGUGAGUGUGGGCCUGGGCCCAUCACUCUUAUUGUAAGCAGGCAUCCUAAUCCAAAGGUAUCAGAGCAGGAGAUGGAUGACAUCAUAGCUCGAUCCACUCACAGGGACAAAAUUAGCAGGAACAAGUACUCAUUUCAUUCCCAAGGUGUGUCCUGUAAGAACACCAGCCCAGCAGUGAAGGACAUGCAGGAAGACAGGUCGCCUGUUCUCAGCUGGACCAUGAAGAGGUUCCUUGAGCCUGCCAGCAGGGGCUCCCUGAGUUCAGAGGCAGAGUUGUCUCAGUACUUCCCGCAGGAACUUUCCAGCCACUCAUUCCCACCUGAAUCCAUGUUGAUGGGCUCAGAUACUGAUGAUGUCCUCCACCAGAUGAGCUGCAUUACCUCCAAGGAUGACUGCUCAUCAAAACCACAUGGAUUCAGCCCACCUCUGACAGAAGUGGAAGACGGCCGUGUGUACAACAACAUCCAAGACCAAACCUCUGCACCUCUCAGUCACCGUGUGGAGGCCGUGUGCCAGCCCAUCACGUGGUCCAGCCCCCCCACAGCACGCAGCCCACUCCUCUGCCAGGUGAAGUGCUUCGAGGAUGACCUCAGCAGAAAAAUCGAGCCCUUCCACAGACCCACAAAAUCUGAAGCCUUUACCUGCAGUGACGUGUCACAGAGUGAUUCAGCAGGUGUAUGUAGCAGCUCGGUGUUAGACGGUGAAGUUGGUGGAGAUUUGCAGAGUGCAGGCAGAGAUAUACCCACAGCACUCUGUGACAGUUCCACUCAAAGUGAGGAUGGUUUUCCCAAUAAGGCAGAGUCACCUGGUUGUGAGUUAACCUUCAUGUUCAUUCACCAGCCUUUAGAUCACACAGCAGGGGUGUCGAGCAGCGUGGGCUCUGUGCUCACUGAUAUGACCAUCAGCAGUGAGGACUGUCUGAAUCAAAGUCAUGGACAGUUGGAGUCAAAGCAGUCCCCCAAGCUUGAAGCAGUGAACAGGGUCAUGAUGAGCACUGAAGCACCAAACCUACCCCAGCAGCAAACAUCCCAAACGGAUGAACCCGCCCUGGCCUUGGCCCCAUUCCAGCUCCCAUCCCACAGCACAGGAACAAACCCCACGGUGGCUGCCGACAUGCUCCCCAGUCAGCUAUAUGAGGAGGAAGAUGCCAGUGAGUUUGCAGGGAUUUGUCCCAUUAACACUGUGAUCCUAAGAAGGAACGACGGGAAUUCAUUUGGGCUUGAACUGGAGAUAAUGUCAUCACCACUGAAGCUGGUGAUCGCUGGGGUGGAGCCUGGAGGUGCAGCAGAAAGGGAGUCUGCGGGCAGGCUGCGUCCUGGAGAUGAGAUCGUCAAGAUUGGAGAUAAACUAGUUUGCUCCUCCAGCUACCAGGACAUCUGUGAACUCAUGCACAGCCUUCCUCUGACACUGGCCUUGGACAUCAGGAGACCGAUCUCAGCUGUAGAUCGACUGCUCAGCCUGGGAGGGACUGUGUGGUCACAGAGCAGUGAUGGAUCCACAGUGGAUCCAGUUCAGGGGGGGACUGAUCAAGUAAUAAGAACACAUUUAGGAAAAGCCACAAUCCAACCAGACUGUAACUUGCCCAUCGUCAAUGUAGACGACGUGUUAUCAGAUGUGAGCCACGACACCAGUGAGGAAAUAUCCUGUAAUGAGCCUGAAACCUGCCGUCCAGGCCAACAUGGUGCAGCCCUGUGUGAGAAGCCUCCUUUGGAAGCCAGAGAGGAAAAGGGUGCCGCCUUUCUGAUGAAUAAAUGUGUGAACCAACAGAAAGAAGGCAGCUCUGCAGUUUUCAGCGGAUCAGGUCCAGAAAAAUCAAACCCUAGUUGUAAACACAUGGAUCCCACUGCAGAUGUCAGUGGUUCAAACAGUGACUGCAGUGCAGUGGUAAAGAACAUGGCAGAUGGUAUCGGUGGUGUCUCUUCUACACGGUCACCAUGCCAGUUUCUUAACAGUACAGUACCUGUUUCUGCUACAGAGCCACACGUUGACCCAGUCUGUGCAGCAUCCAGACACACAAGUGUUUACAGGAACCAUGCUCCACCAGCAGCCCACUCUGUCACUGAAAAUCUGCAUGCAGACGUCUCCCAAAGAUCAGAUUUACUGAGGCGUGACGACACACAAACAUAUUCAGUGGAAUCCAACCCCUCAGGCUCCAGGCUGUCCACAAUGUCAGUGAGCAACAAUCAGAAAGUCGUGCAGUGUAAAGAUGCGUUAAAGCCUGAUGCUCGCUCCUUACCUAAGACAAGCUCAAAGCUGAAGCACCUCGGUUACUCAGACAGUCCUGUGUGGAGGAGUAACUUCAGACUUCAGGUUGAAAGUGGUCCUUCCACACUUAAAGGUUUGAGUGUUAAAAAGAAGAACAGCCCAGAAGAGCCCCUUCAAAAACUGUUGGGGGGUGCAAGUCCAGUCCCUGCAGAUACAAAGGCUUCCUUCAGACAGCCAACAAAUCCACCAGCUGUGGUAACCACUGGGAUUUUGAAGCCCACCAACCAGCCUGAUGUCAGGAGUUGCCUAGCUGUGGCCGGAGCAGGUGACACAAAGCAAAUAAUGGCUGAGCAUGGAAAUUCAGAGGGAGCUUUGCAAACUGUGCAGCUGCCCAAAAAAGACAUGCACGUAGGUUACGAAGCAAAAGCUGAAUCACAUGGACCUGCCACCCAGAGGACAUUCAUGGAAGUGCGGCUGUCUUCCUCAUCAUCAUCAUCAGCAACAGCAGCAGCAUCAUCAUCAUCAUCAUCAGCAGCAGCAGCAGCAGCAGCAGCUGCGUCACAUAGAGACAAAAAGGUUUCAAAAGAAAAUAAACGCAGAAAUGAUACAGAUGCACGAUUAGCAGCAACGCAUUCAUCCACUGUCACCACAGAAGAAAGAACAGCUGCCUCGAUCACCAACACAGCAUUUCAUUCACUGUCUUCUACAGCAGCUCAUUCAACAAGUAGAGGUUUCAAACCUGUGACAGUUAUGGAGACAGAAGAGACAGCGAAGUCCAGCACAUCCAGACUGUCCACACAGACCCUGUCCACACAGGCCCUGUCCACACAGGCCCUGUCCACACAGACCCUGUCCACACGAGGAGCUGCGGAGCUUUCCGGGCUUAUCGAGGUUGGCGAUGAAGUCCUGUCGAUCAAUGGCUGUUCUCUGGAGGGACUCGUGCACCGUGAUGCCUGGAAAAUGAUCAAAGCCACUAAUGAAGGGCCUAACCAGCUCCUCAUACGCAAGCAGAGCAAUGUGAUGGUAAAAAACAAGGAAACGGAGUCCUGA